UCGGUAGUGAGCAGAUGCCUAAAGAUUGUAAAAGUGGAGUUUCAAAUAAAGCAAUACAGAAUUAAGUAAACUACUGCAAUCUGUGUAUUAUUUCCUGACUGUUGGAAGUGGAGUCUUACAUCUCAGAAGUGCGGUCGCCUCACUUCCAGAACAUGAAUAGAGAAGGCACACAUCAUUUGAUGACACCCUCGCGCAGCCGUAAAGGAAGCCGAGGCGAAGCGGGUCCCAACCGAUCUCGUACUCGCAGCCGUAGCUCUCGCACGUGCAGCCGGGCCCGGGAGCUGGAACUGUACCAAGAACGUAUCCAGCGACUAGAACAGGAACUGCAGCAAGAGCGGGAGAUGGUACGGCGACGCGAGAGAAGUACACGGCGCCCUUCAGCCGAGAGGCCACUUGCGACCUCUCUUCGUGCAGCUACAGAGGUGCGCCGGAGUGACGAUGCGCGGCAUGCAAAAGUCAACCAUGAACGUCGUGCCACACAUAUCAGGUCACGUAGUCCUUCCUUUUCUACUAAUGAUGUUGUCAAAAUAAUACAGUCUAUUAAGCACGGUCCCGAAUCUCAACCGUUACCGCAGAACACACCGAUGAUUAAUAAAAAUAUAGAUCACAAGAAUAUUCUUCCAAAUUUUGACCCUUCUGUUAAAAAUCAGCGAAUAGACGUGUGGCUGAAAAAGGUUAAUGAAUGCGCGUCGGUUUAUGGUUGGGACGAUAGGACUACUAUACACUUUUCACUACAAAAACUUCAAGGAUUGGCCAAGUUGUGGUUCGAGAGUCUAGAUACGAUCUUGUAUACGUGGCAAGAGUGGCAAGAUAAAUUAAUAAACGCGUUUCCUCACGAACUAAAUUAUGGCCAGUGCUUAGAAGACAUGUUGAGACGAAAAAGCAAGCUUAAUGAACCUAUAGAGCAAUACUAUUAUGAAAAACUGUCUCUGUUAAACCUAUGUGGUAUUUCUGGUAAGCGCGCUGUCGACUGCAUAAUUCACGGAAUUAGUGACAGGACUAUGAAGUCUAGUGCCUUAGCUUUGCGCUGUUCUCUUCCAGAAAAUCUUUUACAGUUUUUAAUGAGUUGGGACACAGAUCAAUUGAUUAAUGAUCAAUCGCAUUUGAGAAAUAAAAAUGCCUCUGACACUGAAUCAAAUUCUAAAAAGAAUUCCGGUCAAGGUAUUUAUUGUUUUAACUGCAAACAGCAGGGGCAUCCGUAUUUACAGUGCCCAAAGCCGCUAGAUAAAUGUAACAAAUGUGGUAAGAUAGGACAUAAAACGGAAACCUGUUUUAAUCAGGAAGAGGGUUCCUCAAUCGGUUUGGUGGUCUCUAAAAAUAACUAGCUCUAGUGCAAAAUUAACCGAAAACUUAUCUUAACGACAUUUUCUUCGAGUCGUAUCACACAUAAAAUAGAGAACAUUCAAGACAAUAUUCCCCAUGAAAGGCUCUGGUUAUAAGUUAAUAUAGUCCUCGGAGAGUAUACCUUUUCAUCUCGAAAUUUGAUGACGUACGUGCUAGUGUUCUGUAGGCUAGGUGACAAUCUGAUGUAAUUCUUCGUUAAUCAAUCAAACAUUACAGAACAAUCGCAUAUCAUUAUUAUGAAAAAUUCAACUACUUAACGGUUUUUAAGCAUGAAUUCUGAACUGUCCCACUCAGAUUUAUAUAAGGAAUAUGAUAAAUCCCUUGAGAGAAAAUAUGUAGCAAGUCUUGAGCAGCUGACAUAGUUAAGAUCUUAAGUAGAUUAUCUAAAGAAUAUUUUGAGUUAUCUAAUUAUAAAUCAGGUUCGUUCAGUCAGUCAGUCCGUCUCCCUGGGUUUGAGGGAAUGGGAAUGAAGCAUAAAAUGCUAUAUUCGAUUUAAUAAAGCCCUGGAUACAUGUCGCGUCACUUAAACUUGGUGGAUCAGUGGGAAGUAAAUCUUUACUACUGACCGUGAAUAAUUCUAAGUGUUUAAUAAUUUUUGUCAAUUACAUUAUUUAAUGUCAAUUAUGUAAUAUUAUUGUCAAUUAAUUUGUCAAUUUAAUAACAAUAAAUGGAUGAUUAAAUGAUACACAUAUAUAACUGAAUUGAUGAAGCACUUACGCUACCGAAUUAUUCUUUCUUUGUUUACAGGUCAGGAGCGAGAAUUGAUCGGUUCGCACCUCGACCAGAAAGUCCUUGAGAAUUGAUUGGUUCAAGGCAAGAUAGAAAAUACUAUAGCUGAGAAUUGAUGUUCAGGGCGAGACAGGAAAUACUACAGCUGAGAAUUGAUUGGUUCAGCUUGUGUAUUUCAUAAAGUCCUUGAGAAUUGAUUGGUUCAAGGCGAGACAGGAAAUACUACAGCUGAGAAUUGAUUGGUUCAGCUUGUGUAUUUCAUAAAGUCCUUGAGAAUUGAUUGGUUCAAGGCACACAUUAACUGAGAAUUGACUUGUCAUGGCAGUUUCAUAACUGAGAAUUGACUUGGCAUGGCAGUUUCAUAAUUGAGAAUUGACUUGUCAUGGCAUUUUCAUAAUUGAGAAUUGACUUGUCAUGGCAGUUUCAUAAUUGAGAAUUGACUUGUCAUGGCAGUUUCAUAAUUGAGAAUUGACUUGUCAUGGCAGUAACACAACUAAAAAUUGGCUUGUUAUGGCAGUUUACAACUGAGAAUUUACUGUCUGUUUCGAAGAAAUUUUGAUAUGUAUAACUUUUAAGGAGUAUUUUGUUUCACUUAAAUGAAAAAAUGUUAAGUGCCUCUUUUUUUUUUGUAAUUUACUGUUAACGCUGUUACGCUGACGACUAAUAUUGGCCUAAUGUAAGGUUACCACCUGGGUCAUGUAUGGGGACAUACAUGGUGUCAGGACGGUCGAAUGUAAGGUUUGUUGUAAAAUAAUUAAAAUAAAAUUGGUCAUGUUAAAGUUAAGGCAAUUUUUGUAUUGCCAAAUAGCAACACUGUUGGUGGUAGCAAUGCCAGCGGUGGGGUUGUGAGAUAAUAAAAAAGGCGGUAGUCUGAGAAACGAGAGGAGAAAUCAGUGUAUUCGGUAGUGAGCAGAUGUCUAAAGAUUGUAAAAGUGGAGUUUCAAAUAAAGCAAUACAGAAUUAAGUAAACUACUGCAA